AUGUUGUUAGGACGCAUUGAAAGGGAAAUUAAGGUGAAGAGUUCCAUCGUGGUCGAUAUACCGGAAAAUAAACUUGACAGUGAUGUCAGUCAAGUAGUAACGGUUCGUACAUCUGAGGACCUCAGUAUAUCAGGUCAAAUGUCUUCAGCCAGAACUUAUAACGUUGAUCAGGUUUAUGGACCACGUGCAAAUCAAGAAAGCUUCUUUGAUGGCGUCGCCAGACCAAUUUGCAAUGACUUUAUCAAGGGCUACAAUUGCACCAUCUUCUCGUAUGGACAAACUGGAGCGGGUAAGACUUAUACCAUGUGUGGAGAUGUCAAUAGUGAAAAGUCAGAAGCUGCAGGUUUCAUUCCUCGUAUUCUACAUUAUCUGUUUGACAAUAUAGAAAGCAAUGGAAAUGCUGAUACAAUAAUUAAGUGCUCUUUUGUUGAGAUCUACAACGAGGAGUUGAAAGAUCUUUUAUCCUGUUCCAAGAAUUGCUCCAGGCUUCGAAUAUAUGAGCAUAAAGGUAAGAAUAAACUGGAUCCGAGUAUCAAGAUUGAUGGUCUAGAGGAGUUCCAGAUCCGUAAUUCCAACGAUGGCUUUUCCCUUUUACGCCAAGGUAUGGCACGUCGUCAGACGGCAGCAACUAAGAUGAAUGAUCUCUCUAGUAGAUCGCAUAGUAUAUUCACGAUAAGUCUAUUUUCAAAAAAAGAUGCAAAAAGUACCGAAUACCGUUAUGCUAAGAUGAAUUUGGUGGAUCUCGCAGGUUCGGAGAACGUCGCCAAAUCUGGCUCUAUUAGUCUUCGUGCAAAAGAGGCUGGCUCUAUCAAUCAAAGUUUGUUGACAUUGGGUAGAGUGAUAAACUGUUUGGUUGAUGAAAAUUCUUUUAUUCCUUAUAGAGAGUCCAAAUUGACUCGAUUAUUACAAGAUUCCCUUGGUGGGAGAACAAAGACGGUGUUGGUCGCCAACAUUUCGCCUGUUCUGCCAGACCUCUCCGCAACUCUGUCAACAUUAGAUUAUGCCUCUAGAGCGAAAAAUAUCAAGAACUCCGUUCAAAUUGGACCGUUGAUUUCGGAUGAGAUUCUCGUAAGACAACUUGUGGAAGAGAAUUAUACCUUGAAGCUGGAUUUGAAGGCUACCCGAACAAAGGAAGGAGUGUACUUGGAUGAAGGUAACUAUAAGAAUUUACUUCUAGAGUGCAAGAAUCUAAAGAGUGAAUCUCAGGAAACGCGCCGCAAAGCUGAAGACCUAACACUUAGAUUAGGUGAGGAGACCAAAAAAUUGGAGAAUGAAAUGAAGCAAAAGGAUGAAUGUCUAAAAAGUCUAUCUGAAUUGGAAGUCAGGGCUGUUGAUUAUGAAAAUAAAUUCAACCAGCAAAAGGAAAUGCAUGAAAAGUUGCUGGUCACCGCGGCAGAUUUGGUGGAUCUUGCAGAUGAAGGAAUUCAAAAAGCUCAUGCCGGUCAAAGCAAUGUUCUGCGGCUUGUUCAAAGUCAAAUAUGCGUGAAGCUUGAGGAUCUCGAACAGCGGCUUAAUCAAGCUACGAGUAAAAGUUUGAAAUCUGGAAUAAUAGACAAGACACAAUUGUUUGAUGAAGCUGAGAAGAUGUCAGCUUGUAUCUCCCAAGUAAAGGGGAAUGCCGAAAAUAUUUGUGGAAUGCAAAAAGAUCUCUUUAAAGAAAUUGAGACUGCAACACAUGAAAUGGGGGGUCUGAAAUCACAACUAGAAGAAACUCAUGUGAUUCUUGCUGAUCUUACGAAUGAUAGCAGACGGUUGUUCAAUACCACCAGGAAGGAGAAUCAAGAGAUAUAUCAGUAUGUGACUACAGAUGUCCUAAAAAUUAAUGAGAAGAAGAUGGCAGAUGAGCUUUUGAUGUUCAGCACGGAUAAAAUUAAAAAAUUUCAAAACAUCUUUACUAAGCAACUAUCGGAGAUGUUUAAGGAGAUGGCAGUACAGAAUUCUCUAAGUAUGAAAAUGCUACUUCAAUCGAAAUUGGCUAGGGGAAUGAAGCAAUGGUACGAAACGUCGACCGAUAUAUCUGAUCAGUUGGAUGAUAAAAGCGAGCAGAUUUCCAAUGAAAUUGGUAAGCUAAAAGCUGCUCAUCGAGAGAAACUCAAUUCUGUUAUGGGACAUGUUCAGGGGGCUGGUGAGUUGAUUAUGGAGACAAAUAAGUCUUUGGAAAAGUGCAACUCAAAUAUGCCUGAAAUAGUCGAGCUAGGAAGUAGGUUGAAGAAUAACAGUGCGACGUUGUAUGAAAGUAAAGAACAAGUAGAAAGUUACUUAACAUCGUGUGCAUCGAUUAUUCAAGAACUAGAUGAUGAUUUGAAAAAGAGUUUGCUGGCUAAGUGUGAACAGUCGGGAUUGCAGAAUGCAGAGAUGUUAGAGAAACUCAGCCAUAUUACGGAAGAGGUUUCAUGUAGGAAGAAGAGGGUACUUGGAAACUAUACAGGUACCGACUCGCAGGAAAUAACAUCACCUAAUAAACGGUCGAAGCUUUGUAACUCUAAUUAA